UGAGCUUGUGUUGAUCGGAGAGCUUUCGAUUGCCCACCGCUUCUUGAUUUUCUUAGCUGGAGACCUCUCAGCCGCACCGUCACCUGAUUGAGUUAAUCACAGACCCAGAGCAUUUUCCGUGAAAAGCGCAUUCUCGACUACCCACGCCGCGCACAUCAACACUUCAACCUACCGCAACAAAGCCAAAUCAGUACAGAUCCAAUUGCUUGGAGGUCGGAGAGCGGGGCAUUUUUUUGCGCGCUUGAUCUGGAGGGUCGAUAAAAGAGAAAGGAAGGACCGAGAAGAGAAAGAAGAAUGGCUUCAUUCAUCACCACCAUAAAUGCGCGGACACGAGCGCCGUUUAAGCCACGGUCGGCGGCCAAAGGCACGAGCAGUUACCAGUUGAGACAGUUUGCAGAGGCGACCUUGGGGAGUGGGAGUCUCAGAAAGGCUGUGAUGCUUCCUGAGGGCGAGGACUUGAAUGAGUGGCUAGCAGUUAAUGUGGUGGAUUUCUACAAUCAGAUCAACCUUCUCUAUGGUUCUAUUACAGAGUUUUGUUCACCACAGUCAUGCCCGGAGAUGAAAGCCACAGAUGAAUUUGAGUACCUUUGGCAAGACUCGGAGCACUUUAAGCGGCCGACGAAGAUGUCUGCUCCGGAAUACAUUGAACACCUAAUGAGCUGGGUUCAAAGUAAUAUUGAUAAUGAACAAAUGUUUCCCAGCCGACUAGGCGUUCCGUUCCCCAAAGCCUUUACCAGCCUGAUCCGUCAGAUCUUCAAGCGGUUAUACCGGGUAUACGCACACAUCUACUGUCAUCAUUACCCUGUCAUCGUGCAUCUGGGACUCGAACCGCAUCUGAAUACAAGCUUCAAACACUACGUAUUGUUCAUCGACGAACAUCGGCUGGCGAGCGGGAAAGACUUCUGGGGUCCGCUGGGAGAUCUGGUUGAGAGCAUGUUGCGGAGUGAUUAACGGAGUUGUUCGGUUGACUUGGCAAAUUAAGGAUCUAGAUUGGGCAUGGCGAUGAUGGUCGGUUUCCAAUCAACCAAUGCACUGAAUGACGGCGUUUGGUGGGGGGGCAGUUUAGCAUUUUGUCAUUGUUGUAAUUAAAAGACGGUUCCCGGAAUCACAAUGAGCGGCGUUGUGUUGAGUGUGUUCGGAAUGAGAAUCUUA